UUUACUCAUAUGUUGCAUAAAGCUUUUCUGCAUUGUAGAAAGAGAGCAGUAUCUCUUUGGGUAGUUUUACACAGGGAUACAGACAUGACCCGAAACAGUGAAAGAAUCAUUGAAAUAGUGGAAAAAUGUUUUUCAGAGGGUGACAAGAUGUCCCCAGAAGACAUGCUGUUUUCCUACAGAGGUAUUUUAUACCCAGCUACAAUGAGCAGCCCACAGACUUUGGAAGCUCUGAAAUCCUUUGAAGCCAGGAGCGAUGAUGUGAUUCUAGUUGGUUACCCUAAAACAGGAACCAAUUGGCUUGAACAAAUGGUGAAGGAGUUGGCAGAUGCCAAAUAUACAGAAGAGGAAAUGAAAGAGAGAAUAAAUGCUGAAAAGAAGCUAGAGACAUUUCAGCGUCUAGAAUUUGGGGAUCCUGGGAUAUAUGAGAGGAUGAAGCAGCUUCCUUCCAGAAGAAUUAUAGUAACCCAUCUGAGAGCUGAUCUCCUGCCUCCAUCCAUUUUCCAAAGCAAGGCUAAGAUCCUUGUGCUAGUUCGGAACCCCAAGGACACGGCUGUCUCCUAUUACCACUUCUGCAACAACCUGUCAGUGACGCCAUCCUUUGCCUCCUGGGAUGAGUACUUUGCAGACUUCAUGAAUGGAAAAUUGGCCUGGGGAUCCUACUUUGACCACAUGGUGGAAUGGAACAAAUACAUUGACAAUGAGAGGAUCAUGACAAUAAGCUAUGAGGAACUCAAAGAGGACCCAAUACUGGGAAUGAAAAAGAUCGCUUCCUUCUUUGGAUUUUCCCUGUGUGAGGAAGAUUUUUCCAGAAUUGCCAAGAAGACCACUUUCAAAGCUAUGAAAGAGAAAUCUAGUGAAACCCAUGGAAAGUUUGGGGAUGUCCUCUUCCGGAAAGAAGCAAAUCUGGGGUGCCUGAGCAACGUUCAUUUAUGAGAGGACUUCUCUGUCUGCAAUCCUAAGGAAAAGGGAAGGAUGGACCGAAACAUCAGGACAGGUUGGAUAAAAUCCCCAGACUUCCUCUUGGACAGUGUUUUCUAGGCCUUAUUUUUUUUUGAAGGCAUGUAAUUGUUUACAAACUGUGCAAAGCACAACAUCAGAGCAAUUGGAUUGGUGUUGAAGAUUUGCUUAUAUUAAUAGAAACAAUAUAUGCUUGUUGUGUAUGAUUCAAUAAGAAUUUAUUAAAGUCCUGGGAUCAAAAGAAAAAUUUUCACCGAGACUGUAUGCAUCAGUAUGGACAGUUUCAUUCAUUCUCCUUGCUUGCAAAAAAGAUCAGUUACUUAUUUUUG